CUCUCUCUCUCGCUCUCUCUCUCUCUCUCACCCUUCCUCUUCUGUAGACUCUCUCUAUCUGGCUCGCGCGCUCGAACUAACCUUGGCUCAACGUCAGAGGCUGUGCAGCAGUGCAGUAUAAUGGGAGCGUAUGCAACCAUAAAUGCCUCAUAGGCUGCUAUCGCGAUUCUGCUCUGCUUGGCGCUCUCUGCUCCUCUACAGACACACCUCCCGUGUGGAUAUCCGACUCCUCGUGUCUCACCUGAGCCAGGCGCCAGCCCAUGUAUGAGCCCCUACCGGAUUUGUACCGCCCGACAUGGAUGUCCCGCCGUCUCGUGAACCGGAGGAUAUUUUCUUGGCUUAGUCAAGUCGGAAAUCAGGCCGGGACUGCUAAUGGGUUUAGGGGAAGCUCGAGUGACCAUGCCGUGAUCCUGCGACUGGGCUGCCGUCACCCUGCCGAACGACUGUAAACAGAAUUCCGGGGGACUCAAACGCGUACGGGGGAUCACCACUGUGCAUUUUACAAACAACAUGAAGAUUACUUCCCUGCUGAUAACUAGUCUCGUUUUCAGGUUCAACCUCAGGCUGCUGCUUCUGCUGCUGUUUCUUGGAUACUCUCGCGGGAUGCCACAUGUUUUAAGAUUUGGAGGAAUAUUUGAAUCCAUCGAAAGCGGUCCGUCGGGAGCAGAAGAACUCGCCUUUAAAUUUGCCUUGAACACAAUCAACAGGAACCGCACCCUGCUGCCCAACACCACACUCACAUAUGACAUCCAGAGAAUAAACAUCUUUGACAGCUUUGAGGCCUCCAGAAAAGCCUGUGACCAGCUGUCCUUGGGGGUGGCAGCCAUCUUUGGCCCCUCCCACAGCUCAUCAGCUAACGCAGUCCAGUCCAUUUGUAAUGCCCUGGGGGUGCCCCACAUCCAGACCAAGUGGAAGCACCAGGUGUCGGACAACAGGGACUCGUACUACGUCAGCCUCUACCCGGACUUCCAGUCCCUCAGCCGGGCCAUCCUGGAACUGGUCCACUUCUUCAAAUGGAGGACGGUCACUGUGGUCUAUGACGACAGCACAGGUCUUAUUCGGUUGCAAGAGCUGAUCAAGGCACCCUCCCGAUACAACAUUCGUUUGAAGAUCCGACAGUUGCCGGCGGAGACCAAGGAUGCCAAGCCACUUCUGAAAGAGAUGAAGAAAGCAAAGGAGUUCCACGUGAUCUUUGACUGCGGCCACGAAAUGGCUGCCUGGAUCCUGAAACAGGCUCUAGCCAUGGGAAUGAUGACGGAGUACUACCACUACAUCUUCACCACGCUGGAUCUUUUCGCUUUGGAUAUGGAGCCGUAUCGGUACAGCGGAGUCAACCUGACGGGUUUCCGGAUCCUAAACACUGAAAACUCUCAGGUGUCAUCGAUCAUCGAGAAGUGGUCCAUGGAACGCCUUCAAGCCCCACCCAAAGCGGACUCAGGCCUCCUGGACGGAUUCAUGACGACAGACGCAGCGCUGAUGUACGACGCGGUGCACGUGGUAGCGGUGGCAGUGCAGCAGUCGCAGCAGAUCACUGUCAGCUCGCUGCAGUGCAACCGCCACAAACCCUGGCGCUUCGGAGCGCGCUUUAUAAGCCUCAUCAAAGAGGCCCAUUGGGAUGGCUUGACUGGACACAUCCUCUUCAACAAAACUAACGGAUUGAGGACAGACUUCGACCUGGAUGUAAUCAGUCUAAAGGAGGAAGGACUGGAAAAAAUUGGAACAUGGGACCCUCCCAGUGGGCUGAACAUGACAGAGAACCACAAGAGCAAGACGACUAACAUCACUGACUCUCUGGCUAACAAAUCCCUCCGCGUCUCCACCAUACUGGUGGAGCCCUAUGUGAUGUUCAAAAAGUCCGACAAGCCACUGUACGGAAACGACCGCUUCGAGGGCUAUUGCAUCGACCUGCUCCGCGAGCUCUCGGGGAUCCUGGGCUUUCACUAUGAGGUGCACCUGGUGGAGGACGGCAAGUAUGGGGCGCUGGAGGAGAGCACGGGCCAGUGGAAUGGCAUGGUCAGGGAGCUCAUGGACCACAAAGCAGACCUAGUGGUGGCUCCUUUGGCCAUUACCUAUGUGAGGGAGAAGGUCAUCGACUUCUCCAAGCCCUUCAUGACCCUGGGGAUAAGUAUCCUCUACCGCAAGCCCAACGGAACCAACCCGGGUGUCUUCUCCUUCCUCAACCCCCUCUCACCCGAUAUCUGGAUGUAUAUUCUGCUGGCUUACUUGGGUGUCAGUUGUGUGCUGUUUGUCAUAGCCAGGUUCAGCCCGUACGAGUGGUACAACCCCCAUCCGUGCAACCCAGACUCGGACGUGGUGGAAAACAAUUUUACGUUGCUCAAUAGUUUCUGGUUCGGCGUCGGGGCUCUCAUGCAGCAAGGCUCAGAGCUCAUGCCUAAGGCCCUGUCCACCCGGAUCGUGGGGGGCAUCUGGUGGUUCUUCACCCUCAUUAUCAUCUCCUCCUACACGGCCAACCUGGCUGCCUUCCUCACCGUGGAGCGCAUGGAGUCACCCAUCAACUCGGCCGAUGACCUGGCCAAACAGACCAAGAUCCUGUACGGAGUGGUGGAGGAUGGAUCUACCAUGACCUUUUUCAAGAAGACGAAGAUCUCCACUUACGACAAGAUGUGGGAGUUCAUGAACAGCCGGCGAACGUCUGUGAAAAACAUAGACACGGGCAUCCAGCGCGUGCUCACCUCUGACUACGCUUUCCUCAUGGAGUCCACAACCAUUGAGUUUGUCACCCAGCGCAACUGCAACCUUACCCAGAUAGGGGGCCUCAUCGACUCCAAGGCCUACGGAGUGGGAACACCCAUGGGGUCUCCGUACCGGGACAAGAUCACCAUAGCAAUCCUGCAACUGCAGGAAGAAGGGAAGUUGCACAUGAUGAAGGAGAAGUGGUGGAGGGGAAACGGCUGUCCGGAGGAUGAGAAGAAUAAGGAGGCCAGCGCUCUGGGGGUGCAGAACAUCGGGGGCAUCUUCAUCGUGCUGGCCGCAGGGCUGGUCCUGUCUUUAUUCGUGGCCGUUGGGGAGGUCCUGUACAAGUCUAAACAGAACGCAGAGCUAGAGAAGCGCUCUUUCUGCGGUGCCAUGCUGGAAGAGCUACGUGGCUCCCUGAAGUGCCAGCGGCGGCUCAAGCAGAAGCCGCAGCCACCAGUCAUCGUCAAAACUGAGGAGGUCAUCAACAUGCACACAUUUAAUGAUAGGAGACUGCCAGGCAAGGAGACCAUGGCGUGAUUGGGGUCGAAGGUCAAAAAUAGCCCUGAAAAGGUCCAAAAACAGCCAGAAGAUCUGGAGGGAUUGAAUGAACUUUAAUGUAAUGUUAACGUAACCUGAAACUAUAUUGCAUUGGCCCCCAGCUUUGGUAGUAUGGUAGACAUGUUUCCUGUGGAAAUGUAGAUGUGUGGACAUGCCUGGAGAUGAUGCGUCACCUCAUGGUGGCCAACAGUUUUCAAGAGGGACUUUUGCAGGGGGCAAGUUGAAGGAUUGUGAGAAUGAUGGAUCUUUGAGAUGGAUCUCGAUAGGGACUCGAAGAGGAGAACUCAAAAUGCAUGUCUGUUGAGACUGCCUUUGAGUUCACUUCACAGUCAGUGACUUUGCCACACAUGCACACACACCUGUUCAGAGCAUCACACUGUAUCUUGAGACCCCAAUUGAGACCCCAAUUACACUUUUGUCAAAUCUCCAUGUGUGUGUCCAGUUGAUUUUUAAAAAAGGAGCUCAUAUAACAGGUCGUUAUGAUUAGGAAUGUUACAAAGUGCCACAAUGUUGAAUAAGAACUGUAUGAAGAAAAUAGAGAUGAUAAUGUUUUUAUUUAAUUUGUAAUCAUUGAUUUGGCUUGACCUCCCUAAUACUCAUGGUUUAUCUUCUGUAAUGCGUUUAUCGUGCCAAAGUUCGGCGACGUAAGGCACUGACAUAUUACUUUCAAUGACUCCACAAACAUGCUGUACGGUGUCCAAAAUCACAUGACAGUCUGUCAUUUUGAGUUAAUAUCUACUGUUUAAAGGCAAGAUUUCUACAAAAAAAGAUAUGUUUGUUUUUGUAUACGGACAACGUUUUGUAGUGCUUUCUAUCAGUCUAGCAUUCUCUGUGGACUUCACAUAUGUAGCAGGUGGGAGCUCCCCUCCACCCUCAUUCUGACUACAGGUGAUUUAGGGGUGCCCCCGAUCUGGGGCCUCCGGGGGCCCCUCACUGUGCCAUGCCCUCUCUCUCCUCUGUCGUCCAUACUGUCUCCUCAAUAGGGCCCAUGUUUCUGUUGUGAGAUGACAAGCAUAUCUGGACGUUCUAGAGCUGCCCUCAUCUCCCUACUAAACCUAGCUUACAUACUGUAGCUGUACAGUGACUGUGUCUCAAUAGUUUUAACUCUCCAUUCCUUGUGUACUUUCCUCUAUGACCACUGAUACUGUAGGACAUGACAGGUGGAAGCAAUAUAGCAGAAACCUAUCCAGUUUUUCUUAUCUAUCAGUGAUAUUGAAGGAUGAGCAUUCAGUCAGAGUGCUCAUUCAGAGUAGGGUGAAGUUGCCCGUAGAUGCUGAUCUUGGGUCACUUUUGCAUUUUCACACUAAAGGUUAAGUGUAGGUUCAGGGGAGGGGAAGCUGAUCCUACAUCUGUGCCUAGGGAAAACUUCAUCCUGGAGUGUCUCAAACAAUCCCAAAUGCCCAAAUGGGUCCAUCCCCAGAAAAGAAAAUACAACAAUACAAGGUCCAUGUUUCUUAAAAUAUUUCUUCUGUACAUUAAUAAAUUAAUGUAGAAUUUUAGUAAUUUCAAGAAACCAUUAAUAAAAUAUACAGGGGGAGACCUAGUUUGCUUUUUUUUUUUACAUUUUUUUUUUACCAGUAUUGCUUGCCAUUUUCUACCCUGCUAGAUUCAGUGGUACAAAGUGUAAAUGGUUGAAUAAUUUGGAAUAUUCAUCAGAAAAUAUCCAACUGUAUUGUCAACCAAAACAUUAGAUAAUAGAAUGUAUUUGACAUUGAUGCAAGGUUUUACAAAAAAAUGUAAUCAUUAAAAAAGUAAUAACUAUU